AUGGCCUUGGAUCAGCAACGAAACUGGGACAUAUCGAUGGCGCAGAAUCUACACAAGAUCAUGCGAUUAGAUGAUACAGCAGCAACUACGCAGCAAAAAGAUGGCAUUUUGAAUAGUGAGAAGAGAAAUGCGGAGGCUGGAUCACGAACAUGGAACACCGAGCCUAUCUACCUACCGGAUGAAAUCAUCCUUCAGAUCGUGGAAUACAUCGCCAACUUCCGACCAUACUCUCAGCGCACUCUGGCAUCAUGCUGUCUCCUCUCUCACCAGUGGUACUCUGCUGCCGUACCACUUCUAUAUGAGCGACCAGUACUCUACGGCAACAACUUCGAGCCAUUCCUUCGAGCGAUGUGCCCUAGCAUAAACCUACAUAUUCGGAAAAGUGUUCGAGCAGAACUGGUCAAGAGUCUGAACAUGGCGAAUUUGGUGCACCAAGGAAGUAGGAGUCUAACGGCCAGGUUGUUGGGUAGGACGAAAGGCGGGUUGGAGGAAUUUGUGGCCCCGCAGGCAAGCUUUGCGAUCAACUGCUUGCCUGCUUUGAGCAAAUGUGUACGGCUGCGAGUGCUGGAUCUAAGUCUUGUCAGCGAGAGUCCGCCUUUGCCCGAGCUUUUCAAGACGGUGUCACAUCUGAACGAGCUGCGGUCAUUUCGGCUGCCGCGGUCUGCUGGCUUCGGAGCCCAUCAUGCAACUACUGAUCUUCCUUGGCCACCGAACCUGGAGGACUUGACGCUGAGCGGAGGGAUUGAUGGGCACUUCUUGGUCGGGGUGGUGGCAUUUCCACAGACGCUACGAAGUAUCACCAUCGAGCAUUGCCCACAGGUCAAAGGCUUUGCUCUGGUGCAUUUGCUCAGAACAGCUAUACGCCCAUUGAGAAGGCUUGAGAGCCUCAAGAUACGACAUAUGCCACGUCUCAGUACUCGAGCUCUUGACAACGUUCUAUUCCUGCUACCACAACUGAAGAAGCUGAGUGUCAGUGUCGACUACAUCACGCCCGCUGUCUUCGACGAAGACCAUUUCAGUAUGCUCGCGAAAGAGCCUUACAUCGUCCCGUCCCAGACUGCGCACUGGUCGGAAGCUCACCAAUCUUUCCCUCUCGACCUCGCCACGGACGACCAUGACCACGAACAAACAUCACUACCACCACAACAACAGCACAGCCUCCGUACCCUCGAACUAACAUCCUCCGGCAACCCCGGCGUUGAAGACAAAAUCACACCCAUAGAUGUCAUGAUCGCCAUCGAAGAAGGCACCUUACCAAACUUACGACAAGUCAGGGUAACGAAGUCGCUCCACUGGCAUAAUAGCGCAACUGCGCAGGAUGCGGAGGCUUUGGCAGAUGUGCUGCAGGAAAGGAAUAAGAGGGAAUGGUUUGAGGUGCGAGGUUUGACGAUUCCUGAGGGAGAGAGCGAGGAUGGUAGUGGUGUGAGGGCAAUUAUGGAGGGGGAGGAGAGGCCUUGGGAGAGGAGUGCUGGGGUUUGGAUGUUUGAUGGCUGA